AUGGUGCUGAAACGAAAUGCCUUGCCUCAUGAGGGCGAAGGUGCUCCUGAUUUUGGACUUGUUUCGCAUUAUUGCGGUAGUGGAAAUCGCCAAGUGGCCGAUUGGGAUUGUUCAAGAUGGGCCUCUUCCAAAGCUACCCAUGAGAAAGUUACGCUUGGAUUCGUCAUCGUUGCCUGCAUCCUUCAAGGUGUUGCAAUAGGAUGCUUCUUCUCUUUAUUCUCCGAACGUCUUCGAAUGGGCAUUCCGACAGCUGGGAUUUGCGCUCUAUCCUUUCUCUGCCUCUUCAUUGCAAUUAUGGUAUUUGGAGUUCGUUACAAAAGCAAAGUUGCCUACAUGACUUCGAUUUCGUACGAAUUGAUCGCUAACGUCCAUUUGGGAUACGCAUACUGGCUAGCUGUCGUCGGAACGCUGUUCACACUUCUUGCAACUGUCAUUGCUGGAGGACUGAUCGGCAGUAAUCCUCAAUCUUUCGAGUAG